GACUGCCUGUUGGACAACACACACACAUGCAUACACACUGAGUUAGUAAUUCCACCGCAUCUUAACACCUGACAUUCAACAAAAGGCUCUCCCAUCUUCAGGUUCACUGCAUGGUUUCAGUCUGCAGCCUCAGGUAUUUGGCUGAAAGUCUCGACAACAUGAGCGUGUCCAACCUUCUCAACCUCAACAGUCUCGGCAAGAUCUGCGGGACCAGUCACAGCAAUGAAAUGGUGGUUCUGGACCGGGUCAAGAGGAAGAACUCUGUCAGACGCAUGUCAAUCAUUGAGGAUGGGCACAUUGCUGAGGUUCUUUACCUCAUUCCUAAACAAUGCAUGAUGGAUCAGCUUCCCUUCCUCAACCCCAACGACUACAUUCUGUGUGAAAAGCUGGCCAGUAUACCUGCAGAGAUGUCAGUGCUCCAUGCUCAGGAUGGCUGCCACCCGGGGUCUCCCUCUGGGAAGAGGGUCAUUCAGUGCCUCAGAUGUGGGGAGUCAUGCAAAGGAGAGGUGUUGAGAGUUCAGAGCAGUCACUUUCACAUCAAGUGCUUCACGUGUAAGGUGUGUGGCUGUGACCUGGCCCAGUCCGGGUUCUUCAUGAAGAAUGGGGACUACCUUUGCCCCCUGGACUUCCAGAGGCUUCAUGGCACGCUCUGCAACAACUGUGGGGAAUUUGUGGAAGGAGAGGUGGUAACAGUCUUGGGGAAGAGCUACCACCCGGCCUGCUUCGUCUGCACCAUUUGCAAAAAACCCUUUCCUGCUGGGGAUUGUGUGACUUUCAGUGGAAAAGACUGCCUCUGUCAGCGAUGUAUUCAGCCAGUGUCUGCAGCUCCUACUGACACCGGCCAUUCCAACAUCUGCGGCGGCUGCGGUAGAGAGAUCAAGAACGGCCAGGCUCUGUUGGCUCUCGGAGGACAGUGGCACCUCGGCUGCUUCAAGUGCAAAGUCUGCAGGAGGGUACUGAGUGGAGAAUACAUCAGCAAGGAUGGUGUUCCAUACUGUGAGAGAGACUACCAGAUUCAUUUUGGUGUACAAUGUGAAGCCUGUCAGAAGUUUAUAACAGGGAAAGUCCUGGAGGCAGGGGAUAAACAUUAUCAUCCCAGCUGUGCACGGUGCAGCCGAUGUGACAGAAUGUUCACAGAAGGAGAAGAAAUGUACUUGCAAGGAUCAACUGUCUGGCACCCACACUGCAGAGACAACAGCCGAACUGAAGACAGUUACCAGGUCAGCAGAUCAAAAAAGCCCUGUCUUGAUUACUUUUUCCCCCCACAUAAGCUAAAGCCCACACUCUCAUCAUCUGAAAGCUCGUCGUCCAGACCAGGCUCCUGUACUCCAGGAAGUCCAGGUCGAUCUCUCUGUGCGAAAGUAGAUAAUGAGAUCAUUGAUUACCGAGACUUAGCAGCAAUUCCCAGAGUCAAGGCUAUAUAUGAUAUAGAGCAUCCUGAUAUGAUAUCCUAUAAGUCUGUGAACAACAACUCCUCUGCUUUGGACAACAAAGGCCACAGACAAGACAGGCAAAGCCCUGCAGAGUCUCCAGGGAAUAUAUCUGAAAACACAGAGGAGAGUUAUGAUAUGAGGAAGCACAUACCAAAAUCCUCAAGCCAUGGAACUUUUGGAGCUUAUGCGGCGUAUAAUCGCCACAGCUACACUCCAACCACGCCCAGAUCACCGCAGCAUUUCCACCGACCAGGGUUGAUGCUUUCUUCCUCUUUACUGUCUGGCAACAAUGACAACUGCCCCACUCCCCCUUUAUGUCACCACUUUCUCCCUCACAAAGCAGAUCAAGGCUUCAACAUGUACACGAGACCUCCCAUUUAUAAACAGCAUGAUCUAAAUUCCUCCGUAUCCCAGACAUCCUCUUUGCCUGGAUAUGCUCGCAAUGGCCUCAAUCCAUACAAUGGUGAACAAAGCAGAGAUUUUAAGCUCAUCCAUGGCGGACACCCACUAAUACAGAUGGACAGGGGGUUGUCUAUGCCUAAUUUGUUGGAACCAAAAGUCUACCCAUAUGAAAUGCUCAUGGUUGCCAACAGAGGCCGAGUGAAACUUCCCAAGGAUGUGGACAGAACACAACUCGAGCGCCAUCUGUCACCAGAUUCAUUCUUCAAGCUCUUUGAUAUGGAUAUUCAGGAAUUUGACAGGCUUCCACUUUGGAAACGCAACGAUAUGAAAAAGAAAGCUAAUCUCUUCUAAAGGCUGCCUCGAGGGUGUAUAAAUUUAUUGUUAAUACGCUGUAUAUGCCUGAUUUUCUGAAGCUCUAAUUAACGUUAAUUUGUUCAUUUGGCAAAAAAAAAAAAAAAAAAAAAAAAAAGUCUCUUGCCUAAAAACACAACAAGCCAAUAAUGUCUUUACAGGGACGCAAAGCUUCCUAAUUAUUGUGUUUAGAUUAUUGUAAUAUAUUCUGAUUUAAUGUGUUAUACCUCAAAUCACAUAUAAAUAAGGAACUCAGUCUUGGCUUUGGUAUAGAUAGGAUUUAUUAUUCUUAUGUCGGCCCUGUUUCCCCAGAAAAUACGUUCAUAUUGGACGAUUUGGCUGCACAUAACUAGUGUCCACUGAUUACGAAUGCCACAGUGAGAGGUAAUUAUGUAGUCUGAGAAAAGGUAUGGACUAAAGGUGCACAUAUACUUACAGUUAAUUUGUCUUGAUUACAAACCUUUGCAGACAUUGGUUAGCAAAUGAUAAGGAGUGCACAGUACUGAGUGCAUAAUGCUUGUGUUACAAGAUAAUAAAAAUUAAAUGACUGAAACAUAUAUUUUAUACCUAUAUCAUGGUUAUAGCAUUAAGAUAUUAUAUUUUUGUUACUUAUCCAAUAUUUGCUUUGUCUUUCUCAAGGUUACAUAAACAACAUGAUUAACCAUAAAACUGAACAGAGUUAUGAGCAUUGUAUUAAUCAUCACUGAAAUGUGCUUUAUUGACUUCUUUAUUUGGAUGUUUAAAAUGAUCAGUGUUAUACUGUGUGUGUUGUUAUUAACAUGGCCCGAUCACUGUGUAUUUUAUGUUGACACUGCUACCUUGACCCACAAAAAGAACCCUAAAUAAAAGAUUAAGUCUUGUAUGAACUGAAUAAAGAAGUGACUUUUUAAUGACAGAAU